AUGUCCAUGCAAAACCUAUAUCAAACCUCGUUACCCACAUACGCUGCGGUUGUGCACUCUCCGCAGUCCGACUCUGAUGCGUCUAGCGUCAACGUUGACAUCAGUUACCGGGAGAUGGACGCUUUUAUAAAUUACGACUACAACUCGGACUCCGAGAACCCAAAUCCAAGCGUUGGCCCGGAUAGAACCACGGAAUCAGAGCAGAAAGAGCGUCAAACAAACUCACCUCCAAGCGCCAACCCCCAUUCCAACUCCCAACGUCUCGACACAUGCAAUAGUUCGGUUCUUCAGCAACAGCUGCAUACCCCUUCAUAUACCCAUAAACCAUCACGACCUAAAUUUUUAUGGCCAAGUUACUUGACUCCUUGUCUACCAUAUCACAAUGUCGUUCCGUACCCGGGAUACGGUCCACCCAUCUACGUGCCACCUUCAAGAUACAUAUCUUCCUCGUCCUCCACAUCGGAUACUGCUGGCCUGCGGAAACGUAAAAGUUCAGGAAUAGGUUCUCGGAAUGCAAAAAAGGCGUCCACUCGGAAGCCUCGGAGGCGCGCACCUGUGAUUCGGAAGGCGAAAGCACCUAAGCAGAAUACCACGGGAGUGUUAACCCCGGCUCAGGUGGCGGCUUUGCCUUGCGAAGAGCACACGGAUAGUGUCGUCGCUCGGAUUCUGGGUCUAGCUCCCAAUACCCGUUUGGAGGAUGCGUGGCCACAGGAAAUGGACCCGUGGCGUUACAACAAAGUACAAGUACUGAUGCUCACAAUAUGUUGCUCCCCAGGACAUAGAGCAACGUUUGAAGAGAUUGAAACAUAUCUCAUCAGGAAGUACCCAGCACUUAAAACAACACUAUAUGGCAAAAAAUGGCGGGGGACGUUGCGUGGCCAUCUUUCUCAUCGACCUGAGUUCAGGCGAAUCUUGAGGCCAGAUGCACACGGUGAUUAUUGGACUAUUGACAUCACCAAGCUUUUGCCCGGACGGUAA